AUGGACGGCCUUUCUGGUGGAAUCAGGCAGUUCGCUUUUCAGAAGCUCGCUGCGUUGGCAGUCGAGUCCCCCCGCGAUGGGACGGAGCUCACUCGCCUCGCGCAGCAGUCUCAACCCGCUCGCCAAACUGAUGGUACUCUCAAUGGAGUCUUGAAAGACCAGGCCCCUACCUCGCGGGUUCCGAUGGGAGUCCGCGAACUACAUGUCCUUCUAGCCCUAUGCAAGGCGGCCACGUCGGUCAAUGAUGCAGACAAUGCCUUUCAACUGGCCUCGCAACUCUCCCGGUACCUGCCAGAAUCUCACAGCCAACUGUUUCGGUCUUCGCCCUUCCUUCAUAGUAUAAAACCGUCCCCGUGGGAGACCCUCACACACAAUCUGGCCCUGGCACUCUUGUCACUGGCCACGAAGUACCCAGCAACUCGCAAGACAGCUCUUGAUGCAGUGCACGGAUAUUUGAACAACUGCGCGCAAGCUAUCAAUGCGGUCACGCCUUUCCAAUAUUCCAAGUCCGAUGGACAUGGCGUGGUCCAUGAGUCCGUGGCUGUUCUUUCAAUCGCAGUCUCACUCGUCGGAUUUAUGGAGGCAGCAGCCCAGUACACCUCUAUAUGGCUAGCGAGCGAGAAACUGCGGAUAGUCGAUCAUCUACGCUCGAUGCUAUCGGAGCCCUUCAUAAUCGCAGUUGAGACGGCUUCCUCCACCCUUCGCAGUACUCACACUGCAGAGCCCGCGUUCAGAGACUGGAGAAAAUACACUCGUCGAUACGCUGCCCAUGGCCGCCCAUUGGGCGCUAUGCUCGUUCAAGAGGGCUUCAUGCGCUUUGUGAAGUCAUGCGCAGCUUCUCUGAUGGGAUCCCAGCACUUGACUGAUGAACAGCUUUUAGAUGACUACAUGACGGGUGUCGGCAUUGCAAAGAGCUACGAUGAGGAUGAUAUUGCUCUCAUCGAGCGUGUCACUGAUAUCAUCAGCGAAGAAAUCCACUUGCUCGAAGACGGCGCUGAUUACUUGAAAGUCGGCUCCCCCUGGCAGCAGCGUCUUGCCUUUUCCGUCAAGGGACAUGCGUUGGUUGGAUUUCUUAACUGCGUGAUCCUUGGCGAAGAUGCGACUAAUAACGAUGUACUGCUGUCCUGGCUCGAGGAUGCAUUGCUUGACCCCCAGCAAAUGUCAAAUGUGGAAUUGGCCGUAACUUCUUUGAAAUGUACUGCAAUCGUGGCAAGAAUGUCGCCAAACGGUGCCUCCAUCGGAAGGCGCUGCCUCUUGCGGUUCCUUUCUCAGGGCGGCGUGUCAGCACGCCAAACCGUCGCAGUUGCCUCCCGAUGCCUCGCCCAGAUUCUGACUAUCCUUUCCGAGGAUGCAGUGAUUACAACACUAUAUUCACUUGGAAAUGCGUUGAGCCCGGCCACCAAUGUUGAUCAAUCGAGCCAGGACCAGCUCGCUGGAGAUCAUACCGGAUUGGGCAUGAAUCUGGAAGGUUACAAGAAGACUGGGAGCCAGACAUCCCUAGCCGUUGAAGGCGAAGACGAGACUGUGACUCACAGAAAUGUGAUCCAUGCCAUCGUUACAAUUGCGACUAGCUGCAACGAUGACAAGAUCAGCGCGUUGGCCCAGUCUAUGCUUCUUCAAAAGAUUGGUAAGAUCGAUGUUGCAGUGGAUGCGUAUAUCAUCCAGGAGACUGCAGUUCUUGCGCUCAGUGGAGGUCAAGCCGAGUUCCAGCUUUUGUUGAAGUUCUACACUCGUGUCUAUCUUGACGGCAUCAACAAGGGAUUAGACGCUAUAUCUGAUGCUGUACAAUGCGCUAUGACCUAUCUUUCAGUCACCUUGGACCAAAAGUCGCCUCUCCACCGGAUCUAUUUGAUCCAUCUGCUAGAAAGCAUCAUCAACAAGGGUGAUGUGCCAGACCUGGAUCAUGAGCGUCACAAGGAGGUUGUCUUUUCUGCAGAUGAUAUCACUCCGCUGUUGAAGCCACUUGCUUUGCUCGUUUCUUCUAAGGGUAAUACUAGCGGUGAUUCCUGGUCAGUUCUGGAAUACGAUGACACCAUUCUGUCUUUGUUCCGUGAUGUUUGGUUCAACAUUGCCAUCCACGGAAUAUCACUCAGCUCCAGCAUUGCCCAAAAGCAUCACAAGGAGCUUCGUCUUCUUGCACAUCAUUCCCCGCCAUUGGUUGCUGGAAACCACAUGGAAUCGCUAGAGAGUGACGUGGAACUUAACACAGUGCUCAGGCGCGGCGCAGGACCACAGCGUAUAAUGGAACAGAAGAGAGCUUUAAUUUCGGAGCUUCCUGGUCGGGAUUCAGACAUCAAGAGAAUGGAUUACCCAAGGGCAGUGUUCCUUAACGCCGUACUCCUGUUUGAGAGCCUUCGCGCGUCGUCUGGAGAUUCCACUAAGAUCCUCGACUACUUCCUGGAUCCUGCACUGACCACUCCGGAGAUGGUCAUUUGCAUGAACGCCGUCGCAGAAAAGGUGGUUACCUGCUAUUUGUCCCUCACGCUAUCAGGAGAGCAUGAUAACUUCUCAGCCCCUUACUUGUCCAAGCAGCUUGCUGAAUUCUUGGUGUCCUGCUGUCAUCGCAUUGAAAGGGUUCAAAGCAUUGCGACCCUGUGUGCUGACAAGAUCAUUCGCGAAUGCCCUUCAGCGCUAUGCGAAAAGCACUCCCUCUUUGCCUUGCUUGAAAUUCUCACUGUCAUGUGGUCUUCCUGUUUGCAAGGCGAACUUGAUGAGUUUGAUUGGAAGUCAUCUUUGGUCUCCCCUAUGGGAAUUGUUAAGGUCGAACUGCCUGACAAUUAUGCGCUGAGAAAGGCGACCCUGGAUCGGUUCCAUGCGAAAGCCAGGGGUUGGGUGAUUGCCGUCUUGAAUAUCGCCCCAUUGGACAUUAAGGGAUUGCUACAGACUUAUCUCUCCGAGUACGACGAUGAUGGCGGCUAUGGACACAUCUCUAUAGGCCGUUCUUUUGCACUUGAGAUGGGCUCCAUCAUACCACAGAGCGACCCGCGACUUGGAUCAAUUGAUAUUCACGGCAGCAGCGAAAUCAAUGUAGCAUCUGAUUUCAUGGCGCUGUACACAACACGUCAAAAGUACCGCCGUCCGGACAUGCCUGCUAUCAAUGGUUUGGAGGGAGAGAUCUACAGGAAUUAUGAUCUGAAGCCUCACGCCAGUCUUCUGCCCGAGUCCGCUGAUGCCCUGGAUCCGGAAGAGGCCCUCGCUAGUCUGUACAGACGGAGUUUCGAUAACGAAAACAUCCCUCUUGUUGAAGUUAGAGAUGCUCUUCGGCAGGCUGCAAGCCUCAUUUGUAGCAGCAGCAAGCCCAGGCUGUCUGUGAUUCACUAUUUGGUUGCUUUGCCGUUCCAGAUUUUCACCAAGGACACCAUUAAGCUAGGUGUUUCGCUUUGGCUCGGGGUCAUUCACGAGAACCCAAGCACUGAACCACGGAUCUUCUCUGAAGUCAUCGAAGCUUGGGAGAGAAGUAUCUACCGCCGCAAGGGGUUGUUCGAUCCCUCCUUUGCCUAUCUUGACCCCCUGCACACGAAGAUCGAGCUACUGCCAACUGACAAGGAUCUUAUGCUUCGAAUGCAGCAAAAGGCCCAAGAUACUCUCUCUCCACACUUGCGAGUUCUUCAAUUCUUCGAGAGUCAUUUUAAUGCUAUCCGCCUGAGUAACCUACAAGACCAGCAGCUGUUCUGUCGAUUGGUCAGCAGUACUGUCAUUGGUUUGACCAAAACCGGGUGUCAUCCUUUGGCCAGAGAAAUUCAUUUCCGCAUUAUAAUAUUCGGACUCAAGGUUCUCAGACACCUUAGUCCCCGCAACAGUGGUGCCUCGUGGAAACUCAAGGACCAGAUUUUGUCUGCUGCUUUGAGCUGGUUCAAGCAUGCCCCAAGAUGGUCAUUUGGAGGAAAUCGACUUCAGAUUAAGGCCGAAGACAAGAUUCUUAACGACAUGACAAUGGAAUUGCGAGGCGUUGCUGGCAUUGCCGCGGUAGCCCAAGGAUCGUACAAGUCAUUACAGGCCAAGCAAGACUUGCUACAGAUCCUCGUAGACAACGAGCGCACACGUCUUCGGGUUUGGCUGUUCCCCCUGGAGCCUGAGCGCAAGCACCACAUGCCUAUUAUUGGAGGCAAGAGCCCUGUUGACGGCCCUGUAUCGUACCUUCGACUGGCCUGGGCCGAAAGUCCUGGGCUGGCUAUCCAGAUGGCUACUCGUUUCCCAUCGCCCAAGAUGCAAAGUGAUGUCAGAUGGUUGAUCCUCAAUUUCCCCGAGAAGGUCAUUGAGGAGCCAAGUGCUCUUGAGAUCAUGUUUGACAGCUGUCUGCCUGCGGACGUUACUUUCCAGUUAAAGUACCUCUUGUACUGGGCUCCUGUCACUCCCACUGAAGCCAUCACAUACUUUUUGCCUGCCUAUGGCAACCACCCUUACAUCUUGCAGUACGCCAUGCGGGCACUGGAGAGCUACUCAAUGGAUGUCCGAUUCUACUUUGUGCCUCAAUUGGUCCAGGCUCUGCGUUACGAUGCUUUGGGCUACGUUGAGCGCUACAUCCUUGAGACAGCCAAGUUGUCCCAGCUGUUCGCUCACCAAGUGAUUUGGAACAUGAAGGCCAACUCUUACAAGGAUGAGGAGUCUCAAAUUCCUGAUCCCCUCAAACCGACUCUCGACCGUUUCCUAGAGAACCUCAUCUCAAGCUUUUCGUAUGAAGAGCGCGCCUUCUACGAAAAAGAGUUCUCCUUCUUCAAUGAAGUCACAGGCGUCUCAGGCAAACUGCGCCCUUACAUUAAGAGGAGCAAGCCCGAGAAGAAGGAGAAGAUUGAGGAAGAGUUGCGCAAGAUUAAGGUCGAGGUUGGAGUCUAUCUCCCUAGUAAUCCCGACGGUGUCGUCGUUGGAAUUGACCGCAAGUCCGGCAAGCCGUUGCAAAGUCACGCCAAGGCACCUUACAUGGCGACUUUCCGUAUCCAAAAGACCAGACCUCGUCUUGACAAGGUUGAUGCGACUGGUUCUCAGCCCCAUGAGCACCAGCGCCAAUUGACUAGCCAUUCUCAUUCUCAUUCUCAUUCUCAAUCUCAAACACAUAAUCAGAAUGAGUCUGAUCAGGAGACAUACGAGGUUUGGCAGUCGGCAAUUUUCAAGGUCGGCGAUGACUGUCGUCAGGACAUGCUUGCCCUGCAGAUGAUUGCUGCCUUCCGAAGCAUCUUCACCAGUGUCGGACUGGACGUCUGGGUCUUCCCUUACAGAGUGACUUCCACAGCCCCUGGCUGCGGUGUGAUCGACGUCCUCCCCAACUCGAUUUCCCGAGACAUGCUCGGUCGUGAGGCUGUCAACGGUCUGUAUGACUACUUUGUCUCCAAGUACGGAGGCGAGGACUCAAUCCGCUUCCAGGAAGCCCGUACCAACUUCGUCAAGAGUAUGGCCGCCUACUCGGUCAUUUCCUACCUGCUGCAAUUCAAGGACCGACACAACGGAAACAUCAUGGUCGACGACGCUGGUCAUAUCAUCCACAUCGAUUUCGGUUUUUGCUUCGACAUUGCUCCCGGUGGUGUGCGCUUCGAACGUGCUCCCUUCAAGUUGACCUCCGAGAUGGUCGCCGUCAUGAGUGGAACUCAUAACCCGGCCCAUCAUCAGGGCGGAAACUCGGGCAUCAACCUGCCUGGUGCGAACUCGCACAACCCGACUAAUACCCAGCCUUACCGCUGGUUCGAGUCGCUGGUUGUCAAGGCGUUCCUGGCGUCGCGUCCUUAUAGCACGAAGCUGGCGCAUAUUGUGUCCCUCAUGCUUGAUAGUGGUUUGCCCUGCUUCAAGCCUGAGACUUUGAAGAACUUCCGUGACCGGUUUGUUUUGGAUAAGAGUGAGCGUGAUGCCGCGGAGUAUAUGCGUGAACUUGUGCGCAAGUCUUACAUGAGUGUCUCGACUAAGGGUUAUGAUCAAUUCCAGCUGAUGACCAACGGAAUUCCUUACUAA